AUGGCCCCAGCUAACGGCGAAUCGAUUGAUGCUCUGAAGGACCUCAUCAGCAGCUUGGAGUCUCGGAUAGUUGGGUUGGAGAAGGCAUUGCUCAAUGGCGGCAAUUCGGACUCUGCUGCGUCGAUGCGGAUGGUUCUGAUGGGCCCUCCUGGUGCCGGCAAGGGAACGCAAGCGCCCAAGAUCAAAGAGAAAUACUGCGUGUGCCACUUGUCUACUGGUGACAUGUUGCGAUCACAAGUCUCCCGACAAACAGAGCUCGGCAAGGCUGCAAAGAAGAUCAUGGAUCAGGGUGGACUCGUCUCUGAUGAGAUUAUGGUCGGCAUGAUCAAGAACGAGUUGGAAUCGAACAAGGAGUGUAAGAAGGGUUUCAUCCUCGAUGGGUUCCCUCGUACAGUUGCUCAGGCUGAGCGAUUAGACGACAUGCUCCGCGACCGCAAGCAGACGCUGCAGCAUGCCAUCGAACUCCAGAUUGACGACGGUCUUCUGGUUUCUCGGAUAACGGGCCGAUUGAUCCACCCGGCCUCUGGCAGAUCUUACCACAAGAUCUUCAAUCCACCAAAGAAGGAGAUGACUGACGACAUCACCGGAGAGCCACUUGUCCAGCGCUCUGAUGAUAAUGCCGAGGCGUUGAAGAAGCGCCUGGCCACUUACCACGCCCAAACCGCUCCCGUUGUUGGAUACUACAAGAACACUGGUAUCUGGAGCGGAAUCGAUGCUAGCCAGGAGCCCGGCCAGGUCUGGAAGAGCAUUCUCGGGGUCUUUGAGAAGAAGGAGUCUCCAAUUCUCAGCAAGAUUGGCUUGUCCAAGUAA